UUUUCUCUCCUCCUCUCAUCUCAUCAUCAGGAAGCUGCUGCGCUCGAGCCUUUUCUAGCGCUUUAUGGUUUGGUUUUUUAACACUCCGGGAGGGCAGAAAUGGCGGCCAACAUGUACCGGGUCGGAGAUUAUGUCUUCUUUGAGAAUUCUUCAAGCAACCCCUAUCUGAUCAGGCGAAUAGAGGAACUGAAUAAGACUGCAAGCGGAAAUGUGGAGGCAAAGGUGGUUUGUUUCUACAGGAGACGGGACAUCUCUCAGAGCCUCAUCCAGCUGGCAGACAAACACGCAAAGGACCUGGAAGAAGAGAAGGAAAGCCCCCCAGAGUCCGACCUCACUGAAAAACAGAAACAUCAGCUCCGCCACAGAGAGCUUUUCCUCUCCCGCCAGUACGAAUCCCUCCCUGCCACGCACAUCAGGGGGAAGUGCAGCGUGGCCCUCCUUAACGAGACAGAAGUUGUGCUCUCCUACCUAGAGAAAGAGGACACAUUUUUUUACUCAUUGGUGUACGACCCAACACAGAAGACGCUAUUGGCGGACAAGGGGGAGAUUCGCGUUGGUCCACGUUUUCAGGCUGAUGUCCCUGAAAUGCUACAGGAAGGAGAAGCUGAUGACAGAGACCAGUCCAAACUGGAGAUGAAGAUGUGGGAUCCAGAGUGUCCGCUGACCAACAAACAGAUCGACCAGUUUCUUGUGGUUGCCCGAGCGGUUGGUACGUUUGCCCGGGCGUUGGACUGCAGCAGCUCCGUCAGACAGCCCAGCUUACACAUGAGCGCCGCGGCAGCCUCACGAGACAUCACACUGUUUCACGCUAUGGACACACUGCAUCGGCAUGGCUAUGACCUGUCCAGUGCUCUCAGCGUUCUUGUUCCUCAAGGUGGGCCAGUCCUGUGCCGGGAUGAGAUGGAGGAGUGGAGCUCGUCAGAGGCCAAUCUGUUUGAAGAGGCCCUGGAGAAAUACGGCAAAGACUUCAACGAUAUACGGCAAGAUUUUCUUCCCUGGAAGUCGCUGACCAGCAUCAUUGAGUAUUAUUACAUGUGGAAAACCACAGACAGAUACGUUCAGCAGAAACGACUGAAGGCAGCUGAAGCAGAGAGCAAACUGAAGCAAGUCUACAUCCCUACAUACAAUAAACCCAACCCAAACCAGAUCUCUGUCAGCAAUGGCAAGAUGGCAACAGUGAACGGUGCAGCAGCAGGCACAGGCAGUUUCCACACAGCUGGAGGGGGCCGCGCAUGCGAGAGCUGUUUUGCUGUACAGUCUGCUCAGUGGUACUCCUGGGGUCCUCCUAAUAUGCAGUGUCGCCUGUGUGUUUCCUGUUGGAUGUACUGGAAGAAGUACGGUGGCUUGAAGAUGCCAAGCAGAGCUGAGGGGGCAGAGGAAAAAACACCUCCAAGCCCUGCACCUAACGAAUCACGUUCUCGUGGCCACUGUGCCCGUCAGUCUUCCCACAUGGUCCCCAUCCGGAACAGUGGUAGCCCAAAAUCCUCCAUGAAGACCAAGCAGGCGUUCCUCCUGCAGGCAACGCGCCUCACCAAGCUGGCGCGUCACAUGUGCCGCGAUCUCAUCAGGCUGCGCCGGGCCGCGCGCCGCCCCUUUGUGCCCAUUAACUGUGGUGCCAUAAAGGCGGAGUGUAAGAGCUCUUUAAAUUCCUAACUUCAGCGUCGCGUACAAACACACACACAUCCCACAUUGUCCCACCCGCUCUGUUCCCCGACCACACCUGUCCACAUCUCGCUGUCAUCCCCCCCCUCCCUCCAUCUUCCUGUCUUGUACUGUUUUUAUUAUUAUAAUUAUUGCUAUUAUAUUUUAUUUUGUUUUUUGUAUUCUCCCCACCCCAUUUCCAAUAAAGACUGCCUGUCCUCCA